AGGGUGAAGGUGCUUCAACGAAGGGGAUCUGAGGGGAAGAAAUAAUCUUAAAACAGAUGUGACAGAAAUGUCUGGUUUUUGGAACAAGUUUAGCUCCUACUCGAUGACGCAGCUCAACGAAAUGCUUGAAGAUGAUGACAAAUUUAACACAAUUAUUCAAGAAAUGGAAGAGAUGCAGGAGGUGCAGCAGAUCAAGGAGAUGAUCCUGGCCAGUAAUCGGAGCCUGGCAGAGCAGAAUCUUCAACUGCAGCCCAGCCUGGAACACCAGAAGAGCCAGCUCACCAAAUGCUACAGCUCACUACAGGAGAGCUUUGAGGCCUACCAUGUCCACAAGUCCAAACUAGACCACACCUCUGGGAACAGUUCAUUGGAAACAUUGCUAGCUCUACUGCAGGCAGAGGGAGCCAAGAUUGAAGAGGAGACUGAGAACAUGGCCGACUCCUUCUUGGAUGGCGACGUCACCCUGGAUACCUUCAUAGACUCGUACCAGAGCAAGAGGAAGCUGGCCCACCUGAGGAGGGUGAAGAUUGACAAGUUGCAGGAGAUGGUGCUGAAGGGCCAUAGGCUGCCCCAGGUGCCAGUCUCUUGCUCCCAUCCCCAGGAGGUCUCAGCCAGGCCAGCCCCCCUCUACACAGAGGUCAACAACCACUCCCCUGUGCCCCAGCCCAGGAGAGCCCCCCCUCCCCCUCCAGCCCAACAACCCCCAGGUGUAGCCCCCCAGCCUGCUGUCUUCUCCUAUCCUGCCAUCCCAUACCCCCCUAUCCCCCCCAGGGCAGCCCACCUUUUGCCCAGUGUCAACCCGGCACACCAGCACCACUUCAUGUCUCAGUGCCCCCCUGUCCUUCCUCAAAGGCCUCCCCCUCGCAUGGCCCCGCAGUCUGGCUUCAUGAUUUAGUAGUGAAGGGGGUACAGUACAUGCAGUGGACUUGCACUGCAGUCUUGCUGGAACUAUCUUCUGUGUUGUCAGGCUGUGAGCCUCUGAAUAUGGCACAGCGUAAUGCAAAAGGGGUCGACUAACUUAGAUUGAAGGCUGGUGGUCUGGGCAUGUUCAACUGAAAAACAGAAUCGAGUUUGAAUUUGCACUCUUCUCACCAGAAUCAGCACACCAUUGCUACAACACCCCAGAAAGGACUUGACUGACCAGUGCUUGCAUCUUCAAAGUUAAAUCUCUCAGCGACAGGGCUUUAGAUGUAGUCUAAAGUGAAAUAAAUGUCAAUUUAUGGUUAGCUGGCCUCAUACAACUGGGCUGGCCAUGACCCCAGUCAGAUGAGGCCUAUUUUUUUCAGCACUUUAUGCACCUCAGGUGUUUCCUCAGUCCUCCCUCUCCUCUUCCUCCUCUUCUUGCCCGUUACAGUGAAGGUGCCUCUCAUCAUCUGUGGUGUCUAAAGCGAAUGGGGACUAGAGCCAUUCAUUGUUUCUCAUUUGAUCUACAGUGUCAUUUGAACUUGUUGUAUUUAUAUUGUGUAACCAGAGACUUCCCAGAAGACGAUGGUAAAUCAUAUGCAAAAUGAACAGAGACCUUACCGUGCACAAACCUGUAGCCAUGAUAUUCUGACAUAUACUGACUUAAUUCCAUAGGGUACUUAGAAAUGUUGAGACUUCAUGAAUUAAUUAAUAGAUAUUUAGAGUACUAAUGUCAUACAGCAUUAUUAUUGCCAGGAAAGAUUGGACAGACAUUUUGAAAGAACUCAUUUGUGAGGUGUGUGCAUCUCUUCUCCAGCAUGGAUAGUUGUCAAUAAAGUGUGUGGAUCUCAUGCCCAGUCCAAUAUGGAGGACAGUCGAAUUGGUCUCUGUCGCUCAGGGCAGACAGUAGGGGUGGGUGGGGGUUGGUGUCACAAACACUCUGAAACCUUGGCCUCUUGGUCUUGCCUGCGAAGGAUCUGUCAUUGCCAUAUAAUCAAUUUACCUUAAGUGUGGUUUUAGUCAAUAAUAUAAUAAGCAUACUUGAUGCGCAACAGUUUUGGAAAAUUAUUUUUUUGUCCUUCCGUAUAUCACUCCUUUAAUCAUUGAAUGCCGUUUUCUCUUGGGUACGUUAUAAAGCUGAUUGUCGUCAUUGCUGUUGAAACAAGAUUAGUCUAUUUAAGUUCAUUCGGUGAUAUAACCAUAUACAGUCCAUAUCAAAUCAAGUAUAUACUGCAACUAAGCCAGUCAUCCACUGUUGUGUGAACAGAAAUACCCUCUGUAAUUGAAGGUAAUUAUCACAUUGACUGAACAACAAAGACUCUGUUAUCUUAAAGAGAUUAUCCGGUACUUUUAUAUACUUAGCCAGGAGAUCUGAAAGUAGUGCUCACGAGCCAGAAGUGGUCUGCGAAAAUUGCGUACUAUGUCACAUAUAUGCCGAUAUGUGCACCGCGUCAUUGCUCUGCUGUGUAUGCAUCUUGCUAGCUGUCUUUCAAAUGGUGAGUGGCUUAAGCUCAUUGGCUAGAACUCCAAUUGCUAGGGGGCUGGUCCACAUGUAGGGAAAAUGUUGCACAGCUUCCAGAAAAACAUUCUCUUUCAAACUAGAGAUUUUGUGGCUAAUUGAAGUAAGACAGUAAUUCUGCUCAUAGAUUAGGAAUGUAUGAACUACACAUUGACACGUCAAUUCCAAAGCCAUUUAUUGAGAAACCAUUGUGUAUAAUUACUAUUUUCAUACUUUCCUGCAUCCAUUUGUCAGGUUUAUACCCAUGUUAUGACAGUAGUUUGAGGUGUGCACAUUUUUAUGUUUGAUCCAUAUUGAUGAAAUAUCAAAAAUAACAGUACCCAUCUAAAAUGUUUCUUGCACCAUUUGUAUUACAAGUACUAAUCCUAAAGAAGUCACAUAUCAUAAGAGUGUUUGGUUACCUUGGCCUAAAUUCUGCAGUUGUGUACUGUUUGAGCCACUGAGUGCCUACACUGAACUGGACUGAUAUGGAGGAUCACACUGCUGACUGCUCUAUGCCUCUUACCUGUGUAAACUGACCAGGCUUGACUGCUCUUCUGGUCUGGAUCUCCUUAGUUAGCCCCACCAUCAAUGUCUACUUCCCCAGGCUGUUAUCAUUUGCUGUCUGCAACCGAUGUGAUGGUGGUGCAAGCCUGGGGGCAGGAGAGGCUUGAGUCAGUCUGUCUGCCUGGCUUCUUCUCUCCUAACUGGUGCUAUGGGGCCGGUGCAGUUUUCUUCUGAACAUGUGCCAGAGAGAUAUGUGCCUAAUGCUUGUGGUACUCCUACAGCUUCUUUGUACCAUCAAUACAAACUGUGGUUUGCCUGCCCUGAGGUGGGUGACCGCCAUUUUAUAUUCUUAUGCAUAUCGGUGGUUCGCCAAGACAACAGGGCUCCUAUAUUUUUAAAUGUAUCUUAAUAUCAAACAGAAAUGCAUCUUUCUGAGAAACUGGCCAAAUCGGCGCAAUAACUGUUUGCCGUAAGUUAGGUUGAAGAAAAAGCCAUGUCCCUAUUUAUUUCUCAAAUGCAAGAAAUGUUAUGUAUUGUAUACCAAUUGUUUUGAUAUACUUUAGCCUACCAGCAUUUCUAAAUGAAACGAAUGAUACACUAUUAAUCAUUGUGUGCAUGUUUUUAUUUGAUUGUGAUUCAUUUCAGAGUUUUUCUGCUGUAGCAGUUUGUUUAUAACUGGCAUUAUUUGGCUGUUUGGGCUGCUUUAAAAUACAGAUUGAUUUUCCAUACUCAUGUUCAUACAUGUUGUUCAUUGUAAUGUUGUAGGUAUUUUGGCUUAUGAAGAUUGUAGAGGUGGUUGAUUAGAAUUAUGAAACUUUUUUUAAGGAAUAAAGAAAUUGUUUUUUGUA